AUGGCCAGCCUCCAGCACACCAAAAAGACCUACACCCUGAACACCGGGGCCAAGAUCCCCGCCAUUGGUCUGGGAACCUGGCAAUCUAAGCCUAACGAGGUGCGCGAAGCCGUGAAGAAUGCUCUUCUGAAGGGCUACCGCCACAUCGACACCGCCCUGGCCUACGGCAACGAAGCCGAAGUCGGCCAAGGCAUCAAGGACUCCGGCGUGCCGCGCGAGGAGAUCUGGAUCACCACCAAGCUGGACAACACGUGGCACCACCGCGUGUCCGAGGGCAUUGAGUCGUCGCUGAAGGACCUGGGCGUGGACUACGUAGACCUCUACCUGGUGCACUGGCCCAGCAGCACCGACCCCAACGACAAGUCCAAGCACCUCCCGGACUGGGACUUCCUCAAGACAUGGCAAGAGGUGCAGAAGCUCCCGGCCACCGGCAAGGUCCGCAACAUCGGUGUCUCGAACUUCGGCAUCAAGAACCUCGAGAAGCUCCUCAGUCACCCCAGCACCAAGAUCGUCCCCGCCGUUAACCAGAUCGAGCUGCACCCCAACAACCCCUCCCCGAAGCUGGUUGCCUACAACACCUCCAAGGGCAUUCACUCGACGGGGUACUCUUGUCUCGGGUCCACGAACUCGCCCCUGUACAAGGACCCUACGCUGCUGCAGCUGGCCGAGAAGAAGGGUAAGACCCCCCAGCAGUGUCUGUUGCAGUGGGGUAUUCAGAAGGGGUGGAGUGUUAUCCCUAAGUCGGUGAGCAAGGAGCGCAUUGAUGCUAACUUUGAGCUGGAUGGGUGGAACUUGACCGAUGAGGAGGUCGCUCAGCUGGAUAACUUGAAGGAUCGCUUUAAGGUCUGUGGUGAUAGCUGGCUUCCUAUUAAGGUCUUCUUUGGCGAUGACGAGUAG